AUGCCUUACAAUAUUCUCAUCUGGAAUGCUCGGGGUGUGGCUAAUAAGAGCACUCAGAGCACCAUUAAAUAUCUAAUAAAGACUCACAGAAUCUCUGUUUUGGCUAUCAUUGAGCCUCUGAUAAAACCAAAACCAGACGUUUUUAGUAGAAUGUUUGGUCUUCAAUAUAAAGGUGCUAAUGAAAAUGGGCAGAUUUGGAUUUUUGCUGAAAAUGGAACGGAAAUGGAUGAGUGGGACUCCUCAGAGCAAGUACUUCAUGCUCGUUUUUUGACAGAUGGACUCCCUGCUCCUUUUUUCCUAUCUGUGGUUUAUGGGAAAUGUUCUAGAGAAGCAAGGCUGCCUCUUUGGGAGAAGUUAAGGGCCCUUGCAGUUAAAUGUGAGAGCCUCCCAUGGAUGGUGGGAAGGGAUUUCAAUAUCUUCACCUCUGAGGAUGAGAGACAAGGAGCUAGCCUCAGAAAGAGCAGGACAAGAGAGAUGUCUGAUUUUGUAAAUGCUAUUAGUGACUGCCAGCUCAUGGAUCUUGGGGCAGAUGGUGUAAAAUUCACAUGGGCUAGAGGAGACACGUUUGAGAGACUUGAUAGGGCCUUGAUUGCUACCAGGUCCUCAUAUCCGGCCACCGUUCAGAUUUCAAAACAUGUGGACAAGACAUCAUUCUUUCUUGAAGGAAGUGGAGAAAAGGCUACGGGUGCUCAGGGUAUGGUGAACUUGCAUUUAAAGUUAGGCAGGGUGAAGAAGUGUUUAAAAUGGUGGAACAAGAAUGUGUUUGGAAAUAUUUUUGAAAGGGUAAAAAAAGCUGACAUGGAGGCUCAAGAGGCCCUUAAAAGAUUUGAGCAAGAUCAAUCUCCUUGUAAUAGAACUGAGAUGAAUAGAACAGCUGCUGAGCUUGUCUUAAGGUUGAAAAUGGAGGAAGACUACUGGAAACAAAAAGCAGCUAUUAGAUGGUCUGUUGAGGGAGAAAGGAAUACCAAAUUUUUUCAAGGGUGGGUCAAGCAAAAGAGAGCCAAAUCAAGGAUUCAUUCUAUUGAAGAGGAAGGCCAAGUCAUAUCUGAAGAUGGGGAUUUAAGAGCUUCGGCUGUUAAUUUCUUUCAAUCCCUGCUGUCCUCUGAUAUUGAGCACCUCCAGGAGCCAGAGUUAGACAUCCUAAGCUCCCUCCCCACCGACUUUAAUUUGGAGGCUUUGGAAAGGACUCCAACAAUAGAAGAGGUAAAGAGAGUGGUUUUUGAUAUUAAUGCUGAUAGUGCUUCAGGGCCUGAUGGGUUUUCUUCGCUUUUCUACCAAACUUGCUGGGACUUAGUAGGCACUGAUGUUACUAAUGCUGUCAUUGACUUCUUUCAUGGAGCACCAAUGCCAAGAGGAUUUGCUGCAACAAUGAUCAUACUAAUUCCUAAGAAGAAGAAUCCAACUUUGUGGUCUGAAUUCAGACCAAUAAGUCUGUGCAAUGUUUCUAAUAAAAUCAUCUCUAAGCUGCUGACAAUGAGCAUGGCUCCCCUGCUUCCUAUGCUCACUGCCCCAAACCAGAGUGGCUUCAUUAAAGGCAGGUUGUUGAGUGACAACGUGCUGCUUGCCAAAGAAAUGUUCCAUGAACUUGGGAAUUGUAACCCCUCACCAAAUAUGGCUCUCAAGCUUGAUAUGGCAAAAGCAUACGAUCGUGUGCAAUGGCCUUUUUUACUCAAAGUUCUGAGAAAGAUGGGCUUCACGGAGAAAUGGGUGGGGAUGAUUGAGAGAUGUAUAAAUUCUUGCUGGUUCUCGGUUCUUCUAAAUGGAACCUCGGCUGGUUUUUUCAAGUCAACUCGGGGUCUCAGACAGGGAGAUCCCCUCUCCCCAUCUUUAUUCAUUUUGGCGGCUGAUUAUCUUUCUAGAGUGCUGGAUCGCCUGAUCCUUGGACAAAAGCAAAUGAGGUUUAACACAGCUAGGUACACAAUGGGUGUCUCUCAUCUUUCCUAUGCGGAUGAUAUUAUAAUUUUCACUCAAGCGCGGAGAGCCUCCCUCAGGAAAUUAAGAGGCUGCCUUAAACACUAUGAGGAAGUGUCAGGUCAGAAAAUCAAUGAGGGAAAGAGCUGCUUCUACAUUGAUAAUAAACAUGUGGGAUGGGCAGAUGGCAUUACUGCUGAGAAAAUAUCACAGAAAAUCCAUUGCUGGUGCCAUAAACAUUUAUCGUUUGGGGGUCGUCUCACUCUAAUCAAGAGCAUUUUGGAAGCAAUACUGGUUCAUGUCUUUCAGGUACUUGAACCAACUAAGGGUGCUCUAAGGAUGUUGGAACAGGUGCUAGCAAGGUAUUUCUGGGGAUCUUGUAAUACAAGUAAGAAAACUCACUGGAUUAGAUGGAAAGAUGUGUGUAGACCAACCUUGGAAGGUGGGCUUGGCUUGCGAAGGAUGGCUGACAUAGUGGAGGCUUAUAGUUACAAACUUUGGUGGAGAUUUCGUGAGAGAAGCUCCCUUUGGGCAGAAUAUAUGCAUAAGAAGUACUGGUCGGUUUCUUCAAACAUGAUCAUCUAUCGCACCAGCAGGUUUAGCCCCAUUUGGAGAAGGAUGUUUAAGGCUGGUUUGAAGUGUCAAGCUCUGAUAAGAUGGAUGCUAGGGAAUGGAAAGGUCAGUUUCUGGAAUGAUAUAUGGUUGAAAGACCAGCCAAUCAGUGAGCUCUGUUUUAGAGAAGGGACUCCUACUUUUGUAAGAGUAGAGGAGCUAUGGACUGAGGCUGGCUGGAAUACAGAGGAGGUUUUUAAAGUGUUGGAUGAGUGGGGGAUUCCGAGGGAGAUGGGUGAUGAGAUUCUGGUCACUCCUUUUGACGACUCAAUGGAAGACCGUGCUAGAUGGGCCCUGACCCCACAUGGUAAUUUCACAGUUGCAUCAGCUUGGGAACAGAUAAGAAGCAAAGGGGAUAAGUUUGAGGUGUAUGAUUUCAUCUGGGGAAAGGGCAUUAACCCCACAAUAUCAGUUUUCCUUUGGCGUCUCCUUGCCAACAGAAUUUCGGUGGAUGUGAAACUUCAAUGGAGAGGUGUCUCUCUUGCUUCCAAGUGCAGAUGUUGUGAAAGGUCGGGAGAGGAGUCAAGGCUUCAUCUGUUUGUGAGUGGUAAGGCAGCUCGUGAGAUAUGGAAUCACUUCUCAAAAUGGUUCCCAGAUGUUCCGGAAUAUGGGAGGCGAGGGGGUAGCAUUGAGAGGCGUAUGAGAUGGUGGCAGAGACAUUUGAAUUCUAGAAAUAAACAUCAUAUCUGUAUUUUAAUUCCUUGCUUGAUCUUUUGGUACAUUUGGACGGAAAGAAACGGAUGUGUGCAUCUGGAAAAUGUGUUUAAACAUGAGAAUGUUUGUAAGAGGGUGGUUUUGCAUCUGAGUAAUCUGGUUCUGGCAGGUCACUUAAAGCCAGAUGACUGGAAAGGCUGUGCUCCGAGGGUUGAGUUUAUGACAGAGAGAGCUAAUGAACGUUCGAGAAGAAGGGUUGAAAGAGUGCAAUGGAGACCUCCAGAUCAUCCGUGGCUGAAGCUGAAUACAGAUGGUGCAUUCGGGGGUUUAGAAGGUAAGGCAGGAGGAGGUGGAAUCUUGAGAAACCAUUUGGGAGAGACUGUGCAAGCCUUUUGCACACCUAUCUCUGCAAACUCUGGGUUUGAAGCUGAGGUAAAGACCAUGCUGGAAGCUAUCGCGAUAGCCAAGAAUUACAGCAGUAAGUUGUGGAUUGAGACAGACGCUGAGAGGCUUUACUGGUGCUUGGAGAAGAAUUCUUUGGGACCGGCAGAUUUGAGGCACAGCUUUUCAAAGAUAUACAUAGAACUUAAAGAGGUGCAGUGGAAGGUAACGUGCAUUAGGCGAAAGGGAAACAAAGUUGCUGACUUCCUGGCCUCGAUGGGUAAGAACUGCCAUUCCUUGAUGAGAUUUGAGGAGGGUUCAUUUCCAGCAAGAGCAAGAGCUUUGGCAAGACUAGAUCAGAUAGGAAUGCCUAGUUUCAGAUUUGAAGCCCUGGUGAAUGAUGUGGCUGCAAAUGGAGAAGGGACUGAAGCUGUCGCUAAAGGAUACAAUAAUAAUAACGAAGCUCCGCUAGCUCCGGAGAACAGUUCGGCAGGAUCAAGCUCAUCCAACACGUAUAGCGAUACUUCUCCAGACUGCACGAACACAGUUGUUCUGGAUACAAAGGCUAAGCCAUGA